UGCAGGGCCGGAUGGGUUUGUACGGUUGCUUCACCGCGGUCCGAGCCGCUUCGGGUCGCUGGCUUCGGCAGCAUCCCCUCUGCAGGGCAUGGGGGCUGCAAGGCAGCCCUGGGAGGAGCUACGCUGGGGGCCUCCCCCAGACCCCUCCAACCUUUGGGUUCCUCUUCGACAUUGAUGGGGUGCUUGUCCGUGGUCACAGAGCAAUCCCUGCUGCCUUGGAAGCCGCCCGAAAGCUGGUUGACUCGAAUGGGCGUCUCCGAAUGCCGGUUGUCUUUGUCACUAAUGCCGGAAACUGUGCACCACAAGUGAAAGCUCAGGAGCUGUCGGACUUCCUGGGUCUGCAGGUUGAACCAGAACAAGUAAUACUUUCCAGUAGCCCCUUGAAGUUCUUCUCGAAGUUCCAUAAGAAGCGAAUGCUGGUAUCAGGGCAGGGGCCUGUGGUGGAACAUGCCUGGAACUUGGGUUUCCAGAAUGUAGUUACUGUUGAUGAGUUGAGACAAACAUUUCCUGUACUUGACAUGGUUGAUCUUGAACGACGGCCAAAGACUAUGCCUCCCUUGAAGACUGACUUCCCCCCCAUAGAAGGGGUACUCCUCCUUGGAGAGCCAGUCCGCUGGGAGACAAGUCUCCAACUUAUCAUAGAUGUCCUUCUCAGCAAUGGGAACCCUGGUACAGGGCUGGCAGUAGCUCCCUACCCCCAUCUUCCUGUCCUGAUCAGCAACAUGGAUCUCCUUUGGAUGGCUGAAGCCAAGAUGCCUAGGUUUGGCCACGGCACGUUUCUUCUCUGCCUGGAGAGCAUCUAUCGAAAAAUAACAGGCAAGGAACUGAAAUAUGCAGCCCUGGUGGGCAAACCCAACAUCACUACCUACCAGUAUGCAGAGUCUCUGAUCAGGAAGCAGGCAGAGGGACGGGCCUGGGGGGCCCCCAUCCGCAGACUCUACGCUGUUGGUGAUAAUCCAGUGACUGAUGUAUAUGGUGCCAACCUGUACAACCGCUACCUGCAGAAGAAUAGAAAUGGUGAAGUACAGGAAUGCUAUGAAGUGAUGGAGGAAAAGCAGGGAUCACCAACAGCAGAGAGAUGCUUGUCCAUCCUAGUACGUAGUGGGGUAUACAAUCCUUCCCUGAGACAAGCAGAGACCCCGUUCCAUGGGCACCGAGACUUCGUCUUUGACCCCAGCCUGUUAGAAGCCUCACAUGUGGUGGCUGACGUACAUGAGGCAGUACAGCUGGUUUUCUGCAAGGAGGGCUGGGACCACAUAUAGCAGCAGUGACAGGUGGGAGGAUAAGAGGUAUGGUGAAGGGGAGGGAAGAAACCUGUUGAGGGAUUGGUGAAUAUUGAUUGCUGGGGAGCCCAUGCAGGAUAACCAGCACGUCAUAAGGAAUUCUCAGGGUCCACUUACCCAAACCCCCUCCAGUCAGACCCCUCAGAAAUAAUGAUGAUAUUAACCACAAGAGAGAGACUUUGCUUGUAGUCCUUUCUGGUACAGGCCAUAGGAAAAUAGGUUAGGUAGCAUCUUGGGUGGAAAAGUCAGGAUUUCUGACUCUGGUGUGAAAUGACUGUACAUUGUCAUGACUGAUUCCUUCACCUCUGUGCCUCUUGUUCAUGACAAUUUAAGUGGGAUUAGAUGUCUCUACAAAAGAAGGAAGUGAAAAGUGAUGGUUUGUAAAGGACUUUUGCCCUCGUUGAAGGAUGCUGUUGCAUGUGUCUGAAGUGUAACUAACUUUAUAUAGUGUAUUUUGAAUGGUCUCCAGAGGUCCUUGCACUGAUUUUUAAACAUUAAUAAUAUUGAAAUGAAAAUAAAUUUCCAUUAUACUAUCUA